CAGCGAAUAACUGCCAGCUGAAGAGAGCUUAACAAACUCAGAGUCGGGCCAUUCAUGACGACUCGUAUUGCUCCAGGCGUGGGGGCAAAUCUUCUCGGCCAACAUUCCGCCGAGCGCAACCAAGACGCCACCGCCUACGUCGGCAACCUCGAUCCUCAGGUUUCGGAAGAAUUAUUAUGGGAGCUGUUUGUUCAAGCUGGUCCAGUUGUUAAUGUAUAUGUCCCCAAGGAUAGAGUCACUAAUGCUCAUCAAGGAUAUGGCUUUGUGGAGUUCCGAAGUGAAGAAGAUGCUGACUAUGCAAUAAAGGUGCUGAAUAUGAUUAAACUUUAUGGGAAACCGAUACGAGUGAAUAAGGCAUCACAAGAUAAGAAGAGUGUCGAUGUUGGUGCUAACCUUUUCGUUGGGAACCUUGAUCCUGAUGUAGAUGAGAAACUUCUUUAUGAUACAUUCAGUGCUUUUGGAGUAAUAGUUUCAAACCCAAAGAUAAUGAGAGAUCCUGAGACUGGAAAUUCCCGUGGUUUUGGUUUUAUUAGCUAUGAUUCAUUUGAGGCUUCUGAUGCAGCCAUUGAGGCGAUGAAUGGCCAAUACCUCUGUAACCGUCAGAUUACAGUCUCUUAUGCCUAUAAGAAAGAUACAAAGGGCGAGCGUCAUGGCACACCUGCAGAGAGGGUAUUAGCUGCAAGUAAUCCAACUACUCAGAAGAACAGACCCCAUACACUCUUUGCAAGUGGACCUCCAACGCUUCCCCCUCUGGUACAAGCCAAUGGUACAACUGCAGCUCCACUUCCCCCACGGCCUUUUGCAAAUAGCCAUGUUCCUCCAUCCCCCAUUCCGGCAUUGCGCCCACCUUCCAUGCAGCCUAAUAUGUACCGACCAAUGCAAAUUCCUCCGCCACAGUCGUGGCAGGGCCAGCCUGCACAAGCAGGCAUGGUUGGAAUUCCACAGCAGUUUAGAGGCAUGGCUCCACCUCUGAAUAGGCCCCCUCCACCACCUAUGGGAAUGGGUGCUCCUGUCUGGCGCCCACCACCACCUCCACAGCAACUAAGUGGGGGACCACACUCUAUUCCACAAAUGUCAAUGCCGCCACCACCACCACCCCUUAGUUAAUUCUUGGUUUCUCUACAAUGUUAAUGGAGAAUAUUAUAGCACCUGUUACCUUUUAAUGCCUCCAGAAUCCACCGGAUUGGUAAUGUUGGCCAAAACAAGUUUUUGAGGGUUCACUUUGUAUGGAUUUAUUUUUCAGGGAAAAGUCAAUCCACUAUUGGCUCUUAGGAAUGCAAGCAUAAUGAUGAGCAGGUCUCAUAUUUCUUUCAUUAAAUCUGUUUCGUUUGUAAGCAUUUACUAGCACUCGGGACAAUUGAACUUGUAGAUUUGUAUAAUAAUUUAAGGAGCAGUUAACAUUCAAGGAAUGACAGCUGAAAAUGGUAUCAGACCCACUCAACCGAACAUGAAGAAAAUAACCUAUUUGAGAGUACAUAUAGAAUAACUCUUUAAGUAUUAUGUAUUGCAAUCUUUUUCUCAUUAAA